CCCAUUAAAAAGAUAGUUAUUAGGGUUUAUCACUUUAUCUCCCUCAAUUUCUUCCUCAUUCUCACAGUGGCUGCUCCCUUGCCCUCGUUGUUAAUACCUUCAAAGGCUAAGUAGCCGAAACCCUAAUUUCUUCUUCAUCUCAACUGCGCAAAAAUGGGUAUUUCUCGUGAUUCUAUGCACAAGAGACGUGCCACUGGUGGCAAGAAGAAGGCGUGGAGGAAGAAGAGAAAGUACGAGCUCGGGAGACAGCCUGCUAACACAAAGCUGUCGAGCAACAAGACAGUUAGACGGGUUAGGGUUCGUGGUGGUAAUGUGAAGUGGCGUGCAUUGAGGUUGGAUACCGGAAAUUUCUCAUGGGGUAGUGAGGCUGUGACUCGCAAGACCCGUCUCUUGGACGUCGUUUACAAUGCAUCCAACAAUGAGUUGGUUAGGACACAGACUUUGGUGAAAAGUGCCAUUGUCCAGGUUGAUGCUGCACCAUUUAAGCAAUGGUAUCUUCAGCACUAUGGAGUUGAAAUUGGACGCAAGAAGAAGGCUGCUGCAUCUGCUAAGAAAGAAGCUGAGGAGGGUGAGACCACAGAGGAAGCCAAAAAGAGCAACCAUGUUGCAAGAAAGCUAGAGAAGCGUCAGCAGACUCGCACUUUGGACGCUCACAUCGAAGAACAAUUUGGUGGUGGUCGUCUAUUAGCCUGCAUUUCAUCCCGCCCUGGUCAAUGUGGCCGUGCUGAUGGAUACAUCUUGGAAGGCAAAGAGCUGGAAUUCUACAUGAAGAAAAUCCAGAGGAAGAAGGGCAAGGCAGCUGCUUAAGUUUCGCUAUAUUUAUAGUCAGCUUCGAGAGUUCUCUUCAUUUUUUUCGGUUGGUCCUAGUCUUCUCUAGUUUAACUCAAUGGGAAUUCUUCCAAAACGUUUUUGUAAUCAGUAGUGUGAUACUUUCAUAUUUACGUUACCUUGAGUUGAAAAGUUUUUGGCUCGCA